UGAUGCUUCCUCAGAGCAAGCUGGGGGAUCUUGCUGUGCACAAUAUGGUUAACAUGUUUCCUGCACUUCUACAGUGAACAUGAUGCAAAAGGACUUAAUUGGCUAUAAAACACUUGCGAGACAUCCUGAGGUGGUGAAAGGUGCAGCAUAAAUGCAUUUUUCCUCCAAUCACACGAUAAAAUGUUUUCUCUUUGUGCCUAGAAUGUUCUGGAAGCCUAACUUUAUCAUGUCCAGAGUUUUUUUUUUAAUCCUUCCACAGGAUGUACACCACAUUGGCCUAAUGCUCGUCCAUUCCCCAGCUGCCCGUAAGUUAAUGCUGAGCAACCUUCUUGAACUGUUGCAGUCUAUGUGAUGUAGGUGCACUCAGUGCUGCUAGGAAAGAAGUCUUACAAUUUUUACGGACUGACUGUGAAGAAAGUGCCAAUAUGGUUGCAACUCAGGAUGGAGUGUUGCCUCUCAUUAAUCAACUCUCACGUUUUGGAUAAAAACAAAAAAACUGCAGGUGUUGGAAGUCUGACACAGGCUAAUCAGGGAUGGGUGGAUUACAAAAUGGUGGUGAACAACCACAGGAAAGGAUCUUAAAGGGAUCUUGGCUUGAAGGUUAGGAGGGAGGCAGUGAUGUGAAGUGAAUUUGAUUUAAUUUGUUUUCACAUGUAUUUAAGUACAGUGAAAAGUUUUGUUUUGCCUGUAGUACAGGGAGAUCAUAAUAUACAAGGUCUUACAGAUCAUAGGGUGUUUAAACAGAGCGAGGCAUACAAGGUUACAGUUGCACAGGAGGUGCACAAAAGCAAGAUCAACAUUAGAUUUGAAAUUAGAGAGGUGACAAAAGUUGCUGAAGAUUUGAGUGAGGGGUGAGGCAACCAGUUGCCUGAAGUUUGAGCAUUCGCUGGAACAGAGUGGGUCUCUUCCUGAUCUUUGCCAGAUUCUUAAAAAGGGCCAGCACAGAAAGCAAAUUAGGUAACCAACUAUUAGUUAUUUGACAGUUCAGUGUAAAUUAUAUAAUUAAUGGGAUAUAAAUAUAGAUUCUUAAAAUUUGUCUAUCAACCAAAACAUUUUCUGAAUUUUUUUCUCAAAUGUUCUCAAUAUUUAUCUCACUCUUUCUCCAACUAUUUCUUCUCUUUCUUUGCAUUUGUCAGUCUCUUGCUUGUUUCUUACUGUUCUGUCUUUCUCUUCCUCGCGUGUGAUCUCUCCCCUUUCUGUUGUUCAUUUUCUUUCUCCCUUUCUCCAUUCCUUAGAAAUAAGUCACUCUCUCCUCUCCUUACUCUAUCGCAUGUCCUUCCUCUCUCUAUCUCUUUACUUUUGUAUCUCUCUGUUUCUGGUUGCCUGCCUGCCUUUUCUUGCCCUCUCUGUCAGUCUCUGUGUCAGACUCCAUAUCUCUGUAAGUCUCUUUUUCUCUUUUCUCUUUCCUUUCUUUCAGAAUGUGCUAUCUCAAUUUCUCUAUUUCCUCUCUCGAACUCAAUCAGCCCCCUUCUCUCUCUCUCUCUUUUCUUUCAGACUGUUUUACCGCCAUCUCUGUAUUUCACUCUAAUUUCGUCAGUCCCUUUCUUUUUCCUUUCUUUCAGCGUGUGUUAUCUCUUUCGCUCUAUUUCCUCUUUAAUUCUGUCAGUCCCUUUCUUUCGGUGUGUGUAAUCUCCAUCUUUAUUUCCUCUCUAAAUCAGUCAGUCCCUUUAUCUCUCUCUCCUCUUUCGGUGUGUUAUCUCCAUCUUUCUAUUUCCUCUCUCUAAUUCUCAGUCCCUUUUUUUCUUUUUCUCCUUUCUAUCGAUGUGUGUUAACUACAUCUCUCUAUUUCCUCUCUAAUUCUGUCAGUCCCUUUCUCUCUCACUCUCUCUGUCAGUUUCUCUCUCCCGCUCUCGGCUUUGUGUGAAUCAGACAGCCUGGGGUCUCAAGUCUGAUCUGUUGCAAACAAAAGAGCCACAGAGUUGGCUCGGGCGCAUUUGGAGACGCGAAGGGACCUCUUUCCAUCUCCCCCCCCCCCCCCCCCAGAAGGAGGCCUCUUCUCUCUCUCUAUCUUUCUUUCCCUGCCUCUAUUGAAUUAGGACAAAGCCCCGGCACGUGUGCUAUGAAUAGGAGCAGGACAAAAAGAGCAGGCCGGACGUGUGGCUCCCUUAUAGUCAUUUACAUAAUGGGGAGCAAACACGCGUCAGAACAGGUACAUCUGGCGCCUCCUGGGAGACUCGACAGUCCCUCUUGGAUCAGAUUACCCUCUUUGUCUGAUUGGUUCUUCAUCUCAAGCCAUCUGCUUGAGAUGGACCAGACAAUGGGAUCUUGCAGCCUUUAAAUAGCCCGAACAGUGCGGCGAUUGAACAGUUCCAAAGUGGGAAAGAUUGCUGCUUUUGCUCACGCUCCUGUUCUCCCUGGCAGCACAGAGUACAGUGCUCACUUGCAGGCUGCUGGGUUUUUUUUUGUUGUUGGUUUGACAAGACACGAACUUCCUGAGCCAAGAUGCCCCGAGGCUUUCUGGUGAAGAGAACCAAGAGAGCUGCCCCUGUCUCAUACAGGGUACGCAGCGUCGAAGAGGAAUGGGGCGUUCCAGAGGCAGUGCCGUCCCUAUGGGGGCAGGGGAGGGCCUCUCUACAUCCCACCUCCUCCACUGACAUUAGGCCGGGAUACUGUGGAGUGCCAAGCUCCCCUUGCGCCCCGGACCGCAGCCCUAACCGGCCAGUCAGCAGUUGCCCUGGCUCCCCAGGUCGGCCAGGCAAUUCCAGCUCGCCUAUCCUGGCGGAAUCCUUCCCCAGCCCCUUGGCUCUGGCUUCGUCGCUGGGACGAGCGGUCUUCGUGGCCUCGGUGUCAGAUGAGGAGGUGAAGAUGGGCUCCAAUUGUACCAGCAUCCAAGCGGUCAAGAGGCAACUGCCUCCGGCCAAAGCCAAGGUGCAGAGCAAGAAGCCUAGGGCGGACAGGAAGCCUUACAGGGACGAGGUGACCACUUCACCGGUCUUGGGGCUAAGGAUCACCAAAGAGCUGACGGACUAUCAGCAGCACAAGAGCUCAGGUCAGCCCCUGGGUGAGUUCAUCUGCCAGCUGUGUAAGGAGGAAUACGCCGACGCCCUGUCCCUCGCCCAGCACCGGUGCUCCAGAAUCGUCCGGGUGGAGUAUCGCUGCUCCGAAUGUGACAAGGUGUUCAGCUGUCCGGCCAACCUGGCAUCUCACUGCCGCUGGCACAAGCCCAGGAACCCCAGCGGCCUGCAAGCGCAAGAGGGGGCCAAGGAGAGCAACAAGAGCAAAGCCAGGAGUGAGGAGCAGCCGGCCAGCCCCUCAGGCCGGCCUUGCGAGUCGCCUAGCCUGGAAGAAGAGCUGUUCGACUGCCCGCUCUGCGGUAAGAAGUUCCGUCGCCAAGCCUACCUCAGGAAGCACAUGGCCACUCACCGAGGCUCCAUGCUGCUGUCAGGCGGCCAAGUGUACCUCCAGCGGCCCCAGAGGAAGCCUGACGUUAGCUCGCACUCAGGACUCGCCUGCUCAGGUUCUGAUGGGCUCCCUGAGGCAUCCUUCUCCCCCUGCCAGGUCCUCAGCAAUGGCAAGUGUCAGCCCUUGGAGAACAGGCAAGUGAUGCUGCUGCAGCUGUCCACGGCGCCGGCGGUGAUGUGAAACGAGGGCGGAAUCGAAACAUAAACUCCGAAACCCCAUCACCCGGUCUUGGUCUUAUUUAUUGUGUGUGUGUGAGAAUGAAGAAUAAAGGAACUUCCAAAAUAACGCGAAUAAAACAGUCUCGAAACGAGGAGAGGGAAGCAAGGGCAAAGUUCACUAGCCUGGUACUUGUAACAGUAAAAUGGUUUAAAUACAAAGUAUAAUUUAUAUAAGUUAUUUAUAUAUUGCUUUUUUUGUUAAUCUUAUAUGUAUAUAGAAUGCUUUUUUUGUACAAGAUCUUCCUAUAACUGUUUAGAAACUUUUUUUGUCCGGUUGGGGUGGGUUAACAAAAGAGUAAUU